GGUGUUGAGUUGAGGAAUCGGAGAUGGAAAUCAAUCAGCAAUGCAGCGACUCCUCGUCUCAACCCACCCACUCCUCCUUCCGCCUCCUCUCGCCGCCUUCUCAUGCCGCCAAAUUCGCAGGAUUCUCCCACAAUCUAGGACUGCGAAACCCCCUUCCUUCUCUGUUUGCAAUUGCAGCAGCAACUCCUCCACCUUCAAAGUGAAGACCUCUUCUGAGCUCAGAAGCACAAAAGCCUCUUCGUCCACUGAUUCCCAACCGGACCCUAAGCUCACCGCUCUCCGCCGCCUCUUCUCCAACCCCGGAAUCGCCAUCGACGCUUACAUCAUCCCUUCUCAUGAUGCUCAUCAGAGCGAGUUCAUUGCCGAAUGCUACAUGAGGAGAGCGUACAUAUCAGGCUUUACCGGUAGCGCCGGAACUGCCGUUGUUACCAAGGACAAAGCUGCUCUUUGGACUGAUGGCAGAUAUUUUCUCCAGGCAGAGAAGCAACUAACCUCCAGCUGGAUUCUCAUGCGAGCCGGAAAUCCGGGAGUUCCCACCACCAGCCAAUGGCUCAACGAUGUCCUUCCUCCCGGCGGCAGAGUCGGCAUUGAUCCUCAGUUUCUUUUUACCUCGGAUGCUGCGGAAGAACUUAAGCAGGUCAUCUCCUACAAUAACCAUGAGCUUGUCUACUUAUACAAUUCAAAUCUUGUUGAUGAAAUAUGGAAAGAUAAUAGGCCACAGCCUCCAAAUAAGCCAGUUAGAGUGCAUGACUUGAAGUAUGCUGGUUUGGAUGUAUCAUCGAAAUUGUCAAACUUGAGGACAGAACUUGCUGGUGCUGGUUCUUCGGCUAUUGUCAUCUCCAUGCUUGAUGAAAUUGCGUGGUUGUUGAACUUGAGAGGCAGUGACAUUCCACAUUCACCUGUUGUGUAUGCAUACUUGAUUGUGGAAAUUGAUGGUGCAAAACUAUUUAUAGAUGAUUCAAAAGUCACUGAAGAGGUGAGUGAUCACUUGAAGAAAGCAGGUGUAGAGUUGAGGCCAUACAGUUCAAUCAUAUCUGAAAUUGAAAGUUUGGCAGCACAGGGUGCUGCCCUUUGGCUGGACACUUCUUCUGUUAAUGCUGCUAUUGUGAAUGCGUACAAAGCUGCCUGCGACAGAUAUGGUCAGAACCAUGAGAAGAAACACAAAACUAGGACACAAGGUUUUGAUGGAUCCAACGAGCAAUUGGAUGGACCCACUACCCUACACAAAUGCUCCCCUGUUUCUCUGGCAAAGGCUAUAAAGAAUGAACAAGAGUUAGAAGGAAUGAAAAGUUGUCAUUUAAGGGAUGCUGCUGCCAUUUGCCAGUUCUGGGACUGGCUAGAGACAGAAAUUUCUAACAAUAGGACAUUAACAGAAGUAGAUGUUUCAGACAAACUCCUCCAGUUUCGUUCAAAACAAGCUGGUUUUUUGGAUACCAGCUUCGACACCAUAAGUGGCUCUGGUCCCAAUGGGGCUAUCAUACACUACAGACCAGAACCAGAGAGUUGUAGUAUUGUAGAUGCGAAUAAGUUAUUCUUAUUGGAUAGUGGUGCUCAAUAUGUUGAUGGGACAACUGAUAUAACACGAACAGUUCAUUUUGGGGAGCCUACAUCAAGAGAGAGAGAAUGUUUUACCCGAGUUUUGCAGGGUCAUAUAGCUCUUGAUCAGUUGGUAUUCCCAGAAAAUACCCCUGGUUUUGUGAUGGAUGCAUUUGCCCGUUCUUCUCUUUGGAAAGUUGGACUUGACUACAGGCAUGGGACUGGGCAUGGUGUAGGAGCAGCAUUGAAUGUUCAUGAAGGCCCUCAAAGUAUUAGUUAUCGCUAUGGAAAUUUGACCCCUUUAGUAAAUGGCAUGAUUGUUAGCAAUGAGCCUGGCUACUAUGAAGACCAUGCUUUUGGUAUUCGGAUUGAGAAUCUUCUGUAUGUGAGAAGCGCUGAGACACCAAAUCGUUUUGGAGGUAUUGAAUACCUGGGAUUUGAAAAACUAACUUAUGUACCCAUUCAGAUUAAAUUGCUUGAUUUGUCCCUGCUAUCAGCUGCAGAGAUUGAUUGGCUUAACAACUACCACUCACAAGUCUGGGAAAAGGUGUCGCGAUUGCUGGAUGGCUCUGCUCGACAGUGGCUUUGGGACAACACAAGGCCUAUUAUGCAAUGAGACUUGACAGAAGCUAAUGGAUGAAUGUUAAGGUCCCAUGCCACUCGUGCUUCAGGUUCACACUCUGGCGUAUUCUCACUCCUUCCGCGCUUUGUCUCUAAUCAAUCUGCAUAAUUCAUAUAGCAAACUAUGUGUAUAAUAAAAGAGUGAGAAUUAGAGGCUGUAGAUAUCUCAAGUCAACUCCAGAUCAUAUUCAUUUGAUUUUAGUUGGGUAAGA